GGGCUCGGUCCACCGGCGAGGGCCGCUCGACAGAAGGAUGCCACGGAGAAAGAAAAAAGUUAAAGAAGCCUCUGAAGCUCAGAACUUGGAGAAGAAAGAUGCAGAAACUGCUAGUCCUGUCAAUGUGAAGAGGAAACGUAAAUUGGAGGAUGCAUUCAUUGUGAUAUCUGAUAGUGAUGGAGAGGAACCAAAGGAGGAGAAUGGAUUGCAGAAAAUGAAGACAAAACAGUCGAAUAGAGCAAAGUGUUUGGCUAAAAGAAAAAUUGCACAAAUGACAGAAGAAGAACAGUUUGCUCUGGCUCUCAAAAUGAGUGAGCAGGAAGCUAGGGAAGUGAACAGCCAGGAGGAGGAAGAAGAGGAGCUCUUGAGGAAAGCCAUUGCAGAAAGCCUGAAUAGUUGCCCGCCUUCUGAUGCUUCUGCUACGAGAUCUCGACCUCUGGCCAGUGGACCAUCUUCACAGUCCCACCAAGAGAAAACCACAGACUUUGGGAUCACUGAAGGCAUAUGGCAGCUGGUACCUCCAUCACUGUUUAAAGGCUCACAUAUCAGUCAGGGAAACGAGGCUGAGGAAAGAGAGGAGCCUUGGGACCACACUGAAAACACUGAAGAGGAGCCGGUCUCUGGCAGCUCAGGAAGCUGGGACCAGUCAAGCCAGCCAGUGGUUGAGAAUGAGAACGUUAAAUGUUUUGACAGAUGCACUGGCCACUUGGCUGAGCACACACAGUGUGGGAAGCCACAGGAAAGUACUGGGAGGGGAUGUGAUUUUUACGAAGCUGCCCAGGGUAGGGGGGACAUAUCUAGGCACUCUCUGCCUGCCUCAGCAAAUGCCAAACGUCUCCAGAACAGUGGGGGCACUGUGCACUACUUCUGGGGUAUUCCAUUUUGUCCAGCUGGAAUAGACCCUAACCAGUAUACCAAGGUCAUUCUCUGCCAAUUGGAGGUUUAUCAAAAGAGCCUGAAAAUGGCUCAGAGGCAGCUCUUUAAAAAAAAAGGAUUUGGGGAACCAGUGUUACCUAGACCUACUUCUCUGAUCCAGAAUGAAUGUGGCCAAGGAGAUCAGGCUAGUGAAAAAAAUGAAGGCAUCUCAGAAGAUAUGGGAGAUGAAGACAAAGAGGAGGAGAGGCAGGAGUCUAGGGCAUCUGUCUGGCACUCAGAAACCAAGGAUUUCCAAGAAAGCCCAAUUAAAAGCUUGAAAGAGAAACUUUUGUUGAAGGAAGAACCAACAACCAGUCAUGGUCAGUCUUCCCAAGGGCUAUUUGCUGAGGAAACUUCUGAAGAAGGAAACUCUGAACCUGCCUCACAAAGCAUUGCUGCUUUGACCAGUAAGAGAAGCUUAGUCCUUAUGCCAGAGAGUUCUGCAGAGGAAAUCACUGUGUGUCCUGAGACACAGCUAAGUUCCCCUGAAACUUUUGACCUUGAAAGAGAAGCCUCUCCAGGUAGCAGAGACACCCCAGAUGAAGUAACAAUAAUAAUGGCAGAUGAGGAGGUUGGUAACAGGGAAGAUGCUGAGAAAGAAAUACCUUCUUCUACCUUCUCAUCCAGCACCAAGGUAUCCUGCCCACUAUGUGACCAAGGCUUCCCACCCACAAAGAUUGAGCGACAUGCUAUGUACUGCAAUGGGCUGGUGGGGCAAGAUACAGGUAAGGACUUACCUGUCUGUGUGAUGGUUUUGUAAUUUUAUACAGUACAGUGCAGAAAAGAGAGUUCUUCAAAGUUCCAGUUGUUUUUUGUUUUGAUUUAUAUCUAGUUAAAUUUUUAGUACUUUUCAUGUUCUUUAUUACUUUGGCAGGUAUGUUAUUUUGUGGCACAUAACUGAGGAGAAGGGGAAGGGGAAAAUCUUUUAUCAUUUUAAUGUUUCAACUUGCUCUUUGCCCAGAUUCAGUGCAAUGCCAUGGACUUUGCAUUUCAAUUUAUAUAUUCAAAUAUUGAGAUUCCUAUGGAACUUGAGGAACUAAUUUUCUAGAGCUGCCCGUUUUCAAUUCAAAAUAAGUACCUUGUGGGUCUUUGUGUGUGUAUGUGUGUUUGUAAGUAAAUUCUACCUAAAGACAGCAGCUGAAAAAUACUUCUAAUUUUCAUUCAUGUGCUACAUGUCUCUGCUGCAUCACCCUGGAGCUAUUGGUUAUUUUAAAAAAUUUUUAAAUUUUUGGUUAAUCUUCACUAGAGGAUAUUUUUCCCAUUGAUUUUUACG